AUGUCUGCUGAUUUGGAACCAAAACAUUCUAGUGUUGAACUAAGUCAAAACGAUGCCCUCACCGAUAUUUUUUAUGGAUCAAUUGCUGGGUGCUUAGGAAAAAUCAUUGAAUAUCCAUUUGACACAGUGAAAGUUAGAUUACAGACCCAAAGUUCGACAUUGUUUCCCAAUACUUGGUCUUGCAUAAAGUACACAUACAAGAAUGAAGGGAUUAGAAGAGGUUUUUUCCAAGGGAUAUCUUCACCUCUAGUAGGAGCAGCUAUGGAAAAUGCAGUUUUAUUUCUUUCCUAUAAUCAAUGCUCAAAAUUUUUAGAAUCAAGAUCUAACCUUCAAUUGUCAUCAUUACAAAAUAUCAUCGUCUCAGGUGCGUUUGCUGGCUCGUGUGCAAGUUUUGUACUUACCCCUGUGGAGCUAAUUAAAUGUAGAUUGCAAGUUUUAAACAUCCAUAACGCAACUAAUGUGACGAUAAAAUACUCUAAUAAAAUACUUCCGACCAUUUUUGAUGUGUUGAAGUCAAACGGCGUGUUUGGUUUAUGGAAAGGUCAAUCAAGUACCUUCAUUAGAGAAUCUGUAGGUGGAGUGGCAUGGUUUUCUACAUAUGAAUUACUCAAAUCAUCGUUGCUGAAAAGAAGACAAAAGAAAAACCCAGAAAUCAAAGAUAAUUGUACUUGGGAAUUGUUAAUCAGUGGUGGUUCGUCAGGAUUAGCAUUUAAUGCUACCAUAUUUCCUGCAGAUACGGUCAAGUCGGUAAUGCAAACUGAACACAAAUCACUCACAGAGGCCUUUAAAUCUAUUAUGUUAAAACAAGGUAUUAAAGGAUUUUAUCGUGGGCUUGGUAUUACUUUAAUAAGAGCUGUUCCAGCAAAUGCAACGGUAUUUUACGUUUAUGAAACCCUAUCCAAGAUAUAG